AUGGUGUCGUCGGCGCCCCCUAAGAAGCUGGAAGAGCUUCCAGAUGAGAUCCUGCUGCGCGUUCUUUCCUUCCUAGAGCCCUACGACUUCCCCGGUCUGCAGCUCGUAUGCCGAAAGCUCCAGAAGAUUUCCCUCGACAACAAUCACUGGCGAUCUAGGACAUUUGACGAGUCGCCAUUUUCAGAGGCUUUACAGAGACGACGGCGCAUCACUUCUUUUGGCGACGACGACAUCACUGACUACCCUCUCUUCAGCAGCGCUGCGGUACAACUGAGUCAGGAAGAAGGUGGUGACACAGAACCUGACCCCCUCUUCUACGAUGAGGAGACACAGGAGCAGCGCAAGCUACAGCGGUACAAGGACAUGGCGAAUUGGGAUCCCUCGUUUCCGACAGAGCCGGUCUUUUGGUACAACGAAUACAUACAACGCUAUGCGCCGAUUGCGACAAGUUGGCUGCAGCAGCCCAAAAUCCGAGACGGGGCCGAGGAGGAUACGCUGGAUGUCCGAGGAAUGGCUCUGUACAGCCCGAGUCGAGGAACCGACGAAUUGCUCGUGGUGUCGCCGUUGGACGACGGCUCCAUGUGCUUGUGGGACGUGAAGGGGACAAGGGGUCAGAAGGGUGCCACCGUCGCGAAAAGCUCAGCGGGCAUCUUAUAUCUCGACGGACCACAGACAAUGGGCAGAUCUCGCAAGAUCGAUACUGGUGUGACGGAAUGCGUUAGCGUCGACAGCUUCUCCGACAAGGCCUUUGUCGCAGUACAGGGCCACCUGCUAGAGGUGGAUCUCAACCGUCUCGAGGUCGUUGGCGAACAAACAUUCGAAUGGUCCAUCACAGCCCUUUCUUCCGCCGCCCCAGGCUUGCCCUUGACCGUAGGAACCUCAUUGGGAAUCCAUCUCUACGACUAUAGGGCGCGAGUCAGGUCGCCGAGUGAGAUCAUCGACAGGAUAGACGUGUUAGCGGUCGACUCGACAAGCGGGUUCUUCCAACGUAGGCGAGGCAGCAUUUUCGACGAUCCGCUGCCGCCUUAUGCUCCUUUGUCACAGCCUACGCCCUUGAGCAUCUUACACCUGCCCAAUGCUUGCGAUGAGUUCUCCUUCUCAGACGACAUCUAUGUUGCAGGGCGCUUCUCCAACAUCCUACACUACGAUAGACGCACAUUCCCUUCAAUCAUGGGUUCGAUUCAUUCGGGAGCUCGACUGGCUAGUCUCGCCUCUCUGCCGUACCCAUUCUCCACACUCGACAGCGAGACACGUCGUAGGAGCGACUUGUCCGUUGAACAAGUAUUGGAGUCGAAGACAAGGGAAGGAGGCCGGACUUUGAUCGCCGGUGGUGAGUACAACACCAAGGGUUCUCUGGAGUUAUACGGCUUGUGCCCACGGCCAGGAGGUUCGUCUGCAGAUCUCAUGCAGAACUCAACCAUGAAGAAUCGGCAGACAUCCUCCCAGUCCAAGAUUCUCUCCGUCGCCAACCAGGGUACUCGCAUCGUGUUCUCGGAUGGGUCGGGACUUCUCAAGUGGUUCGAGCGCGAUGGCUUCACUGAGGUGAGACGGCACAAGAUCGGACACAGCGAGGUGGAUGAACGUCCCUCUCUAUUCGCCUCUAUGCCUGGCUCUGAUGACCUCGCGAGGAAGAUUUUGUCGACGCAAACGCCUGGCGGACAAGAUAACGUUAACGAUGAUGACAUACUGUUCUGGACAGGCGAGAAGCUGGGACUCGUCAGCUUCUCCGGCAAGCCUGGGUUUACCGCAAGCGACUUUGAACAGCCAGAGCCUAAAUCGGAGGAAGAGGCAAGAGUAGGAGUGGCCGAGAAAGAGUAUGGCGAGAGGAUGAGGAUGGCUCUGGAGCGACAGGCCGACGACGUUCGUUUCGUGCGAGGCCUAGGACUGGGGCUAAUGGGGUAA